AUGAUCUUCUUCUUUCUUCUGUCCAUCCUGGCCCUGGCCAGCUCUGCCAUCGCCCAGACAUUCACCGACUGCAAUCCCACCAAGAAGUCAUGUCCCGCAGAUGCCGCGCUCGGCACCGAGCACACCUGGCAGUUCAACUCGACGCUCAACGACAAGAUCUGGAACAUGAAGACCGGCGACAUCAAAUACACCAACGACGGCGCUGAGUUCACCUUCAGCAAAGAGGGCGAGUCUACGCUGCUGCAGUCUAACUUCUACAUCUUCUUCGGCGUCGUCGAAACGCACGUCAAGAUGGCUCGCGGCGGCGGCGUCAUCAGCAGCGUCGUGCUCGAGUCGGACGACCUCGACGAGAUCGACUGGGAGUGGGCCGGUUACAACACCAGCGCCGUGCAGUCCAACUUCUUUGGCAAGGGCAACACCACAACGUACGGCCGUGGCGGUACUCACGUCGUGGCUAAUGCUGAUAUCGAAUUCCACAACUACACCACCUACUGGGACAAGGACCGUCUUGAGUGGUGGAUCGAUGGCGACCUCGUGCGCACCGUCAACUAUUCCGAGCCCAACACCGUCUUUGGCCAAAACUACCCGCAGACCCCCUGCCGCGUCAAGGUCAGCAACUGGCCCGCCGGCAGAAAGGGUGCCAAGCAAGGCACUAUUGACUGGGCCGGUGGCUUGGUCGAUUACGACAAGGGCCCCUUCACCAUGACCGUCCAGAAGAUGCGUGUAAAAGACUUUCACUCGGGCCAGGAGUAUACGUACUCGGACCAUUCGGGAAGCUGGCAGAGCAUCGAUGUCAAGGGUGGGAACUCGACCGCCCUGACCGAGAUCAACAAGCCUCCUCCCAAGUCUAUGUCAGAGAAAUGGGAGGAAUUAGGUGAAGGCGCCCAUAUCGGCAUCUACUGUGGCGCCGCAGCCGGCGGCAUCCUGGGCAUUGCCGCGUUUGUGAUCUUUUUCUUGCGCCAGCGCCGCAAGGGCCGUCUGGAAUAUGCCCUGGACGAUGCCCGCCAUGCCACCGAGCGCGCCGAUGCCGAAAACUACCAGAAUGAUUGGAAACAGACCGAAUGGAAGAACCGGGGCUAUCAGCAAGUCAGCUAG